CCGACGCAGCAGAGACGCAGUCGCGUAGUGAAUAUAUAAAAGGUUCGCGUGUGUGCGUCAAAGCCAGUUCCUUCUGAAUAUCGGCGGAGGCUUGACGUCGGAAAAUGCAUCCUCUCACGUUCCUCGCAUUGGCGGCCGUGGCGACCGUGGCUUUGGCAGAAGGUCAGUACUACGUGCCCCGAGCCUACUAUACUAUUGACGCGGAGGGACACGAGUCGAUCCCGGUGCCGCUGCGGCGCCUGCGCAGGUCGCCCAUCCCUUACCCGAACCCACCCCCUCUUGAUAACAGCUGGAGCAACGCAGCCAGUGGCUCGUCGUCGUGGUCUAACGCCAACAGUGGCAGCAAUGGCGGCUACCGUCCACCUCCACAGAACGGAUAUGGAUCUGCUGCUCCCAGCUUUGGUCUCGGCAAUGUCCCCUCUGGUAGUAAGAUAGUGAGUGCAAGCGCGUCUACCGGGCUGGACUCCAAUGGGCAAGGAUACUACGGCACCAGAGUUACUUACGGCAUUGUACCGUGAUACUAUGGCCGUUAUACCUAAUUGAUUGACCUCUUUACUUAAUUGAUUGUUUACAGACGAAACAUUUAUUUCUUUGACUCUUGGAACUUUGUAUUAUAAUUUCAUUACUUUACUAAUAUAAUAAACGCCUGACAAAAUGAUCAUUUCUUAAACACA